CAACCUGAGGGAAUAGAAAGUGACCAAGAAGAAGGCAAGACUUCACCAGCGAGAACUGAAUUGCUUCUGCCAUGACUUGCAGUUCUAGGCCCUGAGACCCCCAACCUCACAAGGGUUGGAAAUUAGGCUGGAGAACAUUCCAGCUGCUAUUUUGAUAUUUUUUAAAAAUAUUUUUUUCACCCUAGUUUGGUUGGGUGCUCCGUCUUACGGAGCCCCAAAUUUAUUUUAAGAAACCGCCACCGUGUUAUGGGCGUGCGCAACUGCCUCGACGGCAAUAAUAUGUCAGGACAACACGAUAUCCCCCCUGAAGACGGGGAACAGCCCGAGCAAGACCCUUUGGAGGCCCCAGGGGCAGCUGCCCCCAGUGCUGGGCUUAGCCCAGCCGAAGAGAUGGAGACCGAAUCGCCCCACAAUGAGCCCAUCCCCAUCCAGAUUAAUGGCAAGGCCAGUGGACCCCCAGAGGUCUCCAGGCCGAACUUCCAGGGCCUCAGCACGGCCCUCAAGGAAGCCAGAGCCAGUGGAGGCUACAGCCCACCUCCUGAGGAAGCCAUGCCCUUCGAGGUCAAGCAGCCCAGCUUGGGAGGUUUCUGGCCUACCCUGGAGCAGCCUGGAUCCCCCACUGGGGCCCAUGCAGGCCUGGAGGCCUUCGACCCAGUGCUCAUGGAGCCCACCAGAGCCUUCAAUGUUACGAGACCAGGCCUGGGAAGCUACAGCCCACCACCAGAAGAAGCUAUGCCGUUCGAGUUUGAGCAGUCUACCCAAGGAGGCUGUAGCCAGCCUCUCAUGCAGAUCCCAGACCUUGCUCCAGGUGGUCCGGGGACAGGGGUCCCUGGAGCUCCUCCCGAGGAGCCCGGAGCUCUCAGGCCUGCAAACACUGGCUUCAGAGGAGGCUACAGCCCCCCUACUGAGGAGGCUAUGCCAUUUGAGCUUGAUGGAGAAGCAUUUGGGGAUGACAGCCCACCCCCCGGGCUCCCCCGAGUUAUCCCACAAAUCGACUGUAGCGGCCAGUUCCCAGCAGUCGCGAUCCCGAGUGCGGUCUGCCUCACUCCCGCCGCAAACGCGCCUCCCCUCUGGGUCCCCAGCGCCAUCGGCAGCCCAUCCCGAGAGGCUGUCAGACCUCCUCCUAACUUCGCAUGCGACAGCCCCCCGGUGGAGAUCUCCGGACCCCGGCUCGAGAUUGGCAGCGCCCCCGUUGGGGUCGACGACGCUCCCGUCAACAUGGACAGCCCCCCAAUCGCCGAUGAUGGCCCGCCCAUCGAAGUCUCUGGAGCCCCAGAUAAGAGAGAGCGAGCAGAGAGACCCCCAGUUGAGGGAGAAGCAGCGGAGAUGGAAGGAAGCUCAACCACCGCUGCCACGGAAGAAGGAAAAGUCCCCCCUCCAGGGGAUGGAGCCUCUGCUGCCGGAACCACUCCAGAUGCCGGGGCAGCCCCUGCCGUGCCAACCGAUCCCAACGUUCCAGGAGUCCUCACCGAACCAGUCGAUCCCAAAGCCUCGGGAGUCCUGGCUUCCCAAGGCGAUCCCAACACCCCAGGAACCUCUGACACUCCAACCGAUUCCGACUCCAGAGCAGUCGCUUAUGAUCCAGCGGAUCGUGACUCCCGGGGAGCCUCAGUUGAUCCAACCAAGCCUGAUGUCUCCGGGGCAGCCUCUGUCGCCACAGCCGUUCGGACCGCCGGGGCAGCCCCUGGCGCCCGAGCCAAUCCUGGCGCCCGUGGAGCAUCCGCCUCUCGAGCAGAUCCUGCAGUUAGGGCAGCCCCUGUCCCCCGGUCAGCCUCCGCUGCCCCGGCCUCCGGGACCAGACGCAACCUCAGUCUCCUCAGACCCCCCAGCCCGGAGAUCCAGGCUGCUGACCCGCCUACUCCGCGGCCUACUCGGACGACCGCCUGGCGGGGCAAGCUCGAGCGUGGCCGAGGCCGAGUCAGGUACGAGGAUGAGGGGGCGAUCGGUGACGACUCCUCCAGCGACGAGUCAGACGAUGGGACCAUCGGCUGCUUCCAGUGGCUCCGGCGAAAUCGUCGCAGCAGAAAGCCCCAGCGUAACUUGCUCCGCAACUUCCUCGUGCAAGCUUUCGGAGGCUGCUUCUGCCGAUCUGACAGUCCCCAGUCCAAAGCCGAGAGCCCUUCCAAGGUCAAGAAGGUUUCCCUGGCGGAGAAGCGAAGACAGAUGCGCAAAGAAGCCAUCGAGAUGCGCGCCCAGAAGCGCGCAGACAAGAAACGCAGCAAGCUCAUCGACAAGCAACUCCAGGACGAAAAGAUGGACUACAUGUGUACGCACCGCCUGCUGCUUCUAGGUGCUGGAGAAUCUGGUAAAAGCACCAUUGUGAAGCAGAUGAGGAUCCUGCAUGUUAAUGGGUUUAAUGGAGAGGGCGGCGAAGAGGACCCGCAGGCUGCAAGGAGCAACAGCGAUGGUGAGAAGGCCACCAAAGUGCAGGACAUCAAAAACAACCUGAAGGAGGCCAUUGAAACCAUUGUGGCCGCCAUGAGCAACCUGGUGCCCCCUGUGGAGCUGGCCAACCCUGAGAACCAGUUCAGAGUGGACUACAUUCUGAGUGUGAUGAACGUGCCUGACUUUGACUUCCCACCUGAGUUCUACGAGCAUGCCAAGGCUCUGUGGGAGGAUGAAGGAGUGCGUGCCUGCUAUGAGCGCUCCAAUGAGUACCAGCUGAUUGACUGCGCCCAGUACUUCCUGGACAAGAUUGAUGUCAUCAAGCAGGCCGACUAUGUGCCAAGUGACCAGGACCUGCUUCGAUGCCGUGUCCUGACCUCUGGAAUCUUUGAGACCAAGUUCCAGGUGGACAAAGUCAACUUCCACAUGUUCGAUGUGGGCGGCCAGCGCGAUGAACGCCGCAAGUGGAUCCAGUGCUUCAAUGAUGUGACUGCCAUCAUCUUCGUGGUGGCCAGCAGCAGCUACAACAUGGUCAUUCGGGAGGACAACCAGACCAACCGCCUGCAGGAGGCUCUGAACCUCUUCAAGAGCAUCUGGAACAACAGAUGGCUGCGUACCAUCUCUGUGAUUCUGUUCCUCAACAAGCAAGAUCUGCUCGCUGAGAAAGUCCUUGCUGGAAAAUCGAAGAUUGAGGACUACUUUCCAGAAUUUGCUCGCUACACUACUCCUGAGGAUGCGACUCCUGAGCCCGGAGAGGACCCACGCGUGACCCGGGCCAAGUACUUCAUCCGAGAUGAGUUUCUGAGAAUCAGCACUGCUAGUGGAGAUGGGCGCCACUACUGCUACCCUCACUUCACCUGCGCUGUGGACACCGAGAACAUCCGCCGCGUGUUCAAUGACUGCCGUGACAUCAUCCAGCGCAUGCAUCUUCGUCAGUACGAGCUGCUCUAAGAAGGGAACCCCCACAUUUAAUUAAAGCCUUAAGCACAAUUAAUUAAAAGUGAAACGUAAUUGUACAAGCAGUUAAUCACCCACCAUAGGGCAUGAUUAACAAGGCAACCUUUCCUUUCCCCCCGAGUGAUUUUUGCGAAACCCCCUUUUCCCUUCAGCUUGCUUAGAUGUUCCAAAUUUAGAAAGCUUAAGGCGGCCUACAGAAAAAAAGAAAAAGGCCACAACAGUUCCCUCUCACUUUCAGUAAAUAAAAUAACAGCAGCAAACAGAAAUAAAGAAAUAAAUGAAAUAAAAAAUGAAAUAAAUGAAAUAAAUAUUGUGUUGUGCAGCAUUAAAAAAAUCAAAAUAAAAAUUAAAUGUGAGCAAAGAAUG